AUGUCUGAAGUUGUCCAUGCUGACUUUCUCUGUCUCUUGGCUGGAGAUGCCACGAUAGACCAUCCCAAAACAAGGAGCCGCAGUAACAGCCAAUCCUCGCUUGGCGUUGCCCAGGACGUGUCCGACAACCAAGCAACACGACAAACUAUCUCAACGAACCCAAACAAGCGCAAGCGACAGGAUUCCAACGAUGGGUCUGAAUAUCUGUCUUCUGACGGAUCACUCUCUCCGAAUAUGAAUGCCACGGGGACGGAGCACAUCCAAACAGUUGAAACUAUGUACACCAGACCAUCUACUACACAAUCCAACGAGGUGAGCACCUUCAGGGAGCUCUGGGUAAACCUGGCAGAUGCCGAGCACCCACCUUAUGACUGGGAUAUGCAUGUUUCUAUGGGAAAUAUGGAAAAACUUCGUCUUGACUGGUCACAGAACGAGGUCGCAACUGGUGUCAUCGAAAACAGUCUGUCAUCCGCGGAGAUCAAUUCACUCAAGGAUGCGCUGAAGAAACUCUCACCAAAGGUCCAGGCUAUUCUUCGGAAUAUCAAGUCGGAAGAGGAUUCCAGCGCGGUGCGUGGCGCGAUAAGCUACGUGGAAGGGCUCGGCGAGAUUGAACCCAAAAUCAACGCUAUGGAAAAUGGCCCUGUCAAGGAAGCUUAUGCAAAUCUUUACUCUCAUUUCGAGUCCUUCGGUACUCCAAAGGCAGAUACAACUGAUAUCACCCGAUAUGAGACUCCCCGCCCGCCUUUCGGAAUCAACGAGGUCCGCCUGCAGCUCCUGCGGUCCUUCCAACAAGAAGGAGCUCGUGUCAGCCAAGAAGCAGAUUCUCGCGGACAAUCUUGUCAGGCUGAAGUGGAGGAGGAACGCAUCGGUCAGAAAGAAGUUGAUAAACAGCUGCGCAGAGAGCUGGAUUCUGAAAGUCCGAAGAUCAUUUCUCGGAGGCGUCCGGUGUCGAACGCUGGGCACAAAGUUGAAUCAAAGGAAUGA